UUUAUAAACCACAUAACAGCAGUACUGUGUACGUUCAAAUUAAGUUUCUUAUUGUUACUAGUUUUUCAUUUGCCAGCUUCUUCUUCUUCUUUACAAUGGCUCCUCCUGCUGCGGUUGAAUCCGGUUCGGCUCCCGAAAAUUUGGAAUUCAAUGACAAAAUCUACGCCAGAGUCCGGGUGGCGAACCGGUCCGACGUGACCCAUAUCUACAAGCUGUUUUACCAAAUCCAUCAAUACCAUAGCAUGACACACCUCUACAAAGUGAGUGAGGACUCAUUGUCAAACAUGCUCUUCAACCCAUCAAACCCUAAUAACCCUCCCUUCCACUCCCCAACCAUCCUCCUCCUCGAGGUCUCCGCGACCGAGUUCCCCGCGCCCGUGCCCGUGCCCGACGGGUCGGGCGGCUUCGAGCCCAUUGUCAGGGCGUUGGACCUGAAAGCCCCAGUGAGGGACACCACUGAAGGGGCAGAGUUCAGGUCCAACGCCCCAGACCACGACGAGGCCUACGUGGCUGGGUACGCUUUCUUCUUCCCCAACUACUCGUGCUUCUACGACCGCCCCGGGAUCUUCUUCGAGAGCCUCUACUUCCGGGAGAGCUACCGGAAGCUGGGGUUUGGGAGGUUGUUGUUCUCCGCCGUGGCCGCCGGUGCCGCCGCCAAGGGGUUCUCGUCCGUGGAGGGGAUCGUGGCGGUUUGGAACAAGAAGUCGUACGACUUCUACGUCGGGAUGGGGGUGGAGAUCAUGGACGAGUUCCGGUACGGGAAGCUCACCGGAGAAGCUCUUCAGGCGUAUGCUAAUAAGAAUUAAGAAGGGGAGUGCUUAAUAUUAUGUUUUCUAAUAUACUACGUAUAUCCAUAUGGUUUGAUUUUUAUUUUAAUUAAUUCAGUUUCCAUUUGCAUAUGUGAGACGAAUUGAAAUGUUCCUGAAACAUAAGAUUGCGUGUAUUUUAUUUGAGUCUCUGAUAGAGACAACUUUGUUCUGUUAUUUAUAUGACCUCUAGACGUGCUUUAUUGCCUUCGAUUACAUGAUUAAAAUAAAAAAAAUUGU